UUCAUCGUCAAAUGCUCCACACUAUUGAAAUGACGUUCGCGUUCACGCAUGCGUGCUGUGAUGUGAUGGCCGACGACGCCAAAAUUUUCUAAAAUUAAAUAUCAUUGGCGGCUUGACCACCGAUCGUGUACUUGAGUAUUGCUUUUCGUGCAUAAUAUUGAACUGUUGGUGUAGUUUAAGUGUCGAAAAUGUUGGGGUCUGGCGACGGCGGCAACAUUGUGAAGCUGAGAGGCUUGCCUUUCUCCACGACCGUUGAAGACGUCCUCGACUUUCUCAGCGGCGUCAACGUACUGAACGGAAAGGAUGGUGUGCAUCUCACUGAAGUACGGCCUGGGAGGCCCUCGGGAGAGUGCUUUGUGGAAGUCGAGACUCCAGAGGAUGUUGACGAAGCCCUGAAAAAGGAUAAGGAGAAUAUGGGGAAGAGAUACAUUGAAGUUUUCUCCACCGACCGCCAGGACAUGGAAUGGGCUCUAAACGCCAUGCGUCAAAGCGAAAACGGCUUUGGCAGUCUCCCCCACGUGACUGAUGAUAUGGGCAUCGUCAAGCUCCGAGGCCUGCCGUUUGGCUGCUCGAAGGAAGAAAUUGUCCAGUUCUUCGAUGGGUUGAACGUCGCUACUGACGGGGUGCAUUUGCUAUCGGACGCCACGGGUCGAGCCUCCGGAGAGGCCUUCGUACACUUCUCAGACAAGGAGAGCGCCGAUCAGGCGCUGUCGAGGGACAGGGAGAAAAUAGGACACAGAUACAUAGAGGUGUUCUUGAGCUCGGCCGACGAGGUGCGCGCGUACGGAGCGCGCAUGGAGGGCGGGGGCUUCCGCUCGGCGCGCGGCUACCGGGCGGCGCCCUACGACCGCAACGAGCGCUUCGCCGCCCGCCCGACGCGCGGCCGCGGCGGCGGCGGCGAUAACUUCUCCGGCGGCUUUGGCGGUCGCGGCGGGUUCCGACGAGGAGGCGGCGGCGGCGGCGGUGGCGGCGGCGGCGGACACUGCGUGCAUAUGAGAGGGCUGCCUUUCAAGGCGUCUCCACAAGAUGUCGCCUACUUCUUCAAACCCAUCCGGCCGAUGAACAUCAACAUACUGUACGACAACAGCGGGCGGCCUUCGGGAGAGGCUGACGUCGAAUUUGAAUGUCACGAGGACGCCAUGCGGGCCAUGCGUCGUGACAAAAACAACAUGGACCACCGUUACAUCGAACUGUUCCUAAAAUCAGCGCCAGGCGGCGGCGGCGGCGGCUUCAAGGCCAACCGUAACUUCAGGAAUUGAACCCAAUUGCCACACCCUAAGGUCUAUAUUGCCACAUACGCCAAUAAACAAACUUAAAAAGACCACCGGUAAACGUAACUUUAGAAACUGAACUCUAUUGCCACCCACUACGGUUUAUAUUACCACGUACAAUACACCGACAGGCAAAUGUACAAGGCACGGAGUGAACAAAACUGUCAUUGUAUAAGUGACACCUGUAUCUGUAUACAGUCAGAGCCACCAUUUUAUUGGUUAAUGUAAUACACACAUACAUGUUUUCAUUCACUCAUUCAUUCUAUUCGUGCCAGCUCUUAUGAAUAGACAUGUAGUAUGUCGAACUACCCCUCAUGGCUCCGAGGCCAAACGCAACUUCAGAAAUUGAAUCUUAUUGCCACGCACUAAAGUUUAUAUUUCAAUACUAAGUGCUGCUACUUUUGCUAUAGGCGUUUAAAGGCUUUUAACCCCUCCAAACCCAUGCUGAUAUCGGCACGUCUUGAAUGUAAAGAUUUAAAUCUUUCUCGAAUUUUAAUUUGAUUUAAAUCUACAUAAAAAAUUCAAAUAGAUAUAUGUUAAAUACAGUUACAAUAAAUGUAUGUAGAAUAAAAUUAUCGAAAAAUCUAUUUCUCAGGCAAUUCCAGUAAGCAUAAAUUAAUUACACUUAAAAUUAAUGAAAACUGGUCACUGAUUAUGAUUAGACUCGCCUGAGGUAUACAUUUUUCAAGUUCCUUUAAAAAUGAUUACGAAUAUUGACUAUCAAACAACAAUAACACAGGGAACAGCAAUGUAUGAAGUUUGCUACAUUCAACUAUAGUUUUAGAAACAAAAUUGAGACUAAAUGUUACAUAAGUACAUAAAUAAAUUAAUAAUAACCCUUCCAAACUGAACUAUAUUUUUUACCGGUCAAGGUCAGAUUUCUUAAGAUAUUUUAAGUUAGAUACUGAUUUCUUACUCAUUUUAUAUGUAGUUGCCACGAGUGGCACUGGCACCUUCCACGGCAGAUAAGCUGUCAAAAGAGCUGGGCCCGAUUUUAUAAAUCAAAUUACAAUUCCACAAAUUUUGUACUGGCAACACCGGUCAAAAGGGCUAUUAAUGUUGCCAAUUUACACAUGUUAAAUUGUAAUUUAUACUAUAAAACGGGGUCCUGGUGUGAUGGAAUUUUCCAAUGAAUGAACUAAUAAGUAAUGUAAUAGGUACGUUUUGUACGGAAAUUCUAUAAGAUUUUUACCCUAUUUUUUUAUUGUUAUUGAACGCAGACCGAGGAAUACUAAAAUAUGCUACCUUAAAACUACCCAACUGUAGUCACCACGACCACAUCAUCAUCAUCAUGUCAUGUGAUGGUGUAGUGUACCAGGCGUGGCUCACUCCGCGAUUUCGUCGCUUCGCUACAAGUACAUGCCAUUGCCAGUACAUGCGGCCCACACCAAUUUUGGUGUCUAGCAGGAGUAGUUACCGCGCACCGCUACGGAACGGACUCUUGCUCGCGCGCGCGCCACCUUGCGGUCAUAUUUGUCGUAAUAGAUGCGUUUUGUUAGAGUGAACCUUCUGUGCCUACUACUAUUAUUUAUGUGCCAGUACUACAACUAGGGUUCACUAGUUCAAUACGUAAUUAAGUAUCAAUACCCAAUCUUUUUGGUGUUGUCCGAGUUUUUACUUCCAAUUAUAAAAUAAUUUGUGCCGUUCCAUGAGUAAAUGUACCCUAUGGCGAUCGUCGCUUACACCAUUACACGCUGCAGUACUAAAGCGGAGCUACGUGAUGUAAGCGCCAACCGCCAGGUACCUUUACUCAUGGACCGUCACAUUUUCCUUUAUAACUGCGACAUUCGAAUAUUAGUCACUCCUGAAGUUUGUUUCGGAGGGAGCUUUUGGACAGUUGGGUAGUUUUACGGAAACGUUCGUGCAGCGCCACCUACAACAGCUGUCAUAUUUGCAGGUACAGUACUUGGCACUCGUCUAAUAUCUCUAUGUACUUGACUGUUCAAUAAAUGUAACAAGAAGACUAGUUUAUAUGAUUUAUAGUUAUGAAAGUAUUUCGGGAAAUUUUUCAUCACACCCGAUUUAAGUAUUUUAUGUCAUCUAGCUUUAAUUCUAAUUUUAUAUUACAUAUGAUUUAUAAAUA